AGUGAAGUCAACGCAAUGGCGAUGGAGGAGUCGACUAAAGAAAACAUGAUGAUUCCAAGGAUUAUUUCUGAUUUAAGAUGACAAGUGUAUCGUUUUAGCACAUAUCUUAACUAGUGCCAGAUAACCUACUGGACACCCAAGAUGUCGUCAUUCAUCAAGAGAUUUGUUAAUACUAAGGGGCCUGCAGAGCCGUCUCAGAAAGCCCAAGACAACAGUCUGGCUUUAACACAUCUAAAAAAGCUGUUUGGAGAUUUCAAAUAUCCCCCUAAAAAAACUACACACGUUCAGGAGGAACAGGAGUCCAAACUCUACAGCAUGAUUCCACUUUUCUGCAAGGUGUUUGGAGAGGUACAGUCAUGUGAAAUGACUGAAAAAUUUGCAGAUGUCCUACAGUUUUGCAGUCACCUCUCAAAACUGAUGGUAACCGAGAUACGAAGAAGGGCUUCCAACCAAUCAACAGAGGCAGCUAGCUGCGCCAUUGUCAAAUUUUUGGAGAUAGAAUCUACAGAGGAAACCAGUAAUGGUUGGAUGCUGCUGAGUGCACUGAACCUGUUAUCCAGUGGAAGCCAUGCACUGAUAGACUGUAUGACCGCAGCCUCUCUUCCAUCUACCCUCGUCAAAUGUCUCUACCUGUUCUUCGACCUCCCAGAUGUAAUAGAUGGUGACUCGCUAGAUGAGGGGAGUCAAUUUACUGCAAAAGAAAGACGAAUUCUUCUGCAGAAAGUCUUUGUUCAGAUUCUGGUGAGGUUGUGCAAUCACCAGUCACCAGCAGAGGAGCUGGCUAGGAAGGAUGAUCUUAGUCUACUGUUUAGUGCAAUAACAAGCUGGUGUCCUACGCACAAUGCCCUGUGGAGAAAAUCGGCCGGAGAGGUGCUGGUCACACUGUCAAGGCAUGGACUGACCACCAAUGUUGUGAAGUAUAUACAUGAAAAAGGUUGUGUACGACACUGUAUAGAGAACAUGCAGCGUAUUCAAGAGUUAUCUCCUCUUGAACUUGUGGAAAUGUUUGUGACUGUGUUCUGUUUCCUAAAAGACUCGAGUGAAGUGUCCCAGAUUCUGUUAGAUGAUUUCCGUUCAUGCCAAGGAUAUAUAUACUUGUCAGAAUUCCUCCUAAGGAUGGAACAGGAUAAGAAUGAGGAAGCCCAGCAGGCCCUGAGGAACCUGGUGUUACUGGUGGGUUCUCUCACCACCUGUGGCUUUGUGGAGAUCAAACCUAGCUAUGGUAGCUCUGGGGCUCUGUUCCAGAUACCAGGCUUCUCCGUACCACAACCUACAGGCAAAGGCAUACAUGUGAAUGCAAGUCCAAGUUGCAGUGUAAGUGUAAGAAACAUCCAGGCAUUCCAAGUAUUACAGUCUGUGUUCAUCAAGGCGACGACAAGUCCUCUGUGUGUGAUUGUCCUGGACGUCAUCAACAGUAUCUACCACCAGGACAACGCCAACUACUUCAUCCUCGAACCACAGCACACACUCUCACAGUUCGCUGAGAAAAUUCAUUUAAAACCUGUAGAUGUCCAGGAAAAGUUCUUUGAAUUACUAGAGUUUGUGGUAUUUGAUCUCAACUUUGUACCAUGUAAGGAGCUGAUAUCUGGCAGUAUUCUCAUCAAAGGCAACCAUUCCAUACGUUGCAGUAUCCUGUGUGUGAAGACGCUACAGCGAGUACUACAGCACCAUGCUGUCUAUCGGGAGGUAUUCAGGGAGGUGGGCAUGUUAGAGGUGAUGGUCACCUGUCUGCACAGGUAUGCAGCCCUCCUCAAGGAUCCAGAGACUGAUCAAGAAUGUGAGAAGAUGGAUCCUGAACAAAAACAGCUGGGCUUCCUCGUCAUGGACUGCCUCACACUCCUGCUUGGUUCCAACAACAGUAACGCAGCUGUGUUCAGGGAGUGUGGAGGGGCAAGAUGUGCACACAACAUGGUGAUCUUUCCUCAGUGUCGCCACCAAGUCCUCGGCAUCAUACAGCAACUGGUGCUGUCCCCUGGUGGUGACGAUGAUAUGGGCACGCUACUCUGUCUGAUGCACACAGCGCCAGUCUUGUCUCUGGAGCUUAAAACACAUAUUCUAAAGUCCUUGCUACACGUGUUGAGGGAAAGUCAUCGGACGAGGACGGUGUUCAGGAAAGUGGGAGGAUUUGUCUAUGUAAUGUCAGUGUUGGUAUCUAUGGAGGGAUGUUUAGCAGACCCACCCAAAAUGCCCUGGGGCACAGUGUCCCGACAUGAAGUUCUGGGCAUGCUGCGGACUGUUUUCAGCACCCUCACAGUUGCCAUGAGAUAUGAACCUGCCAAUGCUAAAUUCUUUGAUACAGAGGUGCGAUAUGACAGCCUCACAGAAGCUGUACGGUUACUGGGAUGUUUUGCUGGUACCAUUGACAUACAGCCAGCCAUGGACUUUAUCAUAGAAGAGGAGGAGACGAUUACAGCCGUGUUUGAGGAUUUCUUUGUCCACACAAAGGAGAACAAACUAGAGAUGGAGGUUCCCAUCACGUUGUUGUCAGCCUGUAUCAUGAUCAAAUAUCUCUACAACAUGGCACUGGAUAUAUUUGAUAAGCCGGGUGUAGGGGGAAGCAAAGCGCAACCCGCCGAUUCCCCAGCUGUGAAACGCUUCACUAUGAUACAGUCUUCCCGAGAAGAUGUUGUACAGACGUCACCCAAACCCAAGCGAGCAUCGACAGGAAGUAUCAACAUCUCCCCCACUACCAACCAGGAACAAGUGAUCGUACACCCUGGGGCUGUACUGUCCAUCUUCCACCUCCUGCCCGCCUUAGAACAUGAGGCCAGCUCCAGGCUGACAUUGUCCCUGAAGCUGUACACGGCUAAGCUGUUGCGAGCCCUCUUACACACGGAGCGUAAUCAACAGAUCAUGUGCGAGAAUGGCUUCCCGCACGAGCUGCUGAGUCAUGGCUAUGUGGCUUUAGCGGACGAGCUGCACCCCUUGCACUCCAUAUUGAGGGCUAUGUUUGAAAGGCUGGCCGCCCAGUCACUCACACCUAGAGAUCUGAGGGAUUUUGCCCGGUUAGGGUCCCCAUUGAAUUGUCAGCCAGUAGAUGAGAUGUUCGACGGUCCCACUCCAAAGACCUGGAACCACAACUGGCCACUGAGUCGUGCCCCUAGUAUAGAGGAGCGGCGCACGCCAGUGGAAGUCGUUAAACGCCUCCAGACAGCAGGGGGCGUUGUACCACUCACUCGGGUGAAAUGUCUCGUAUCAAUGACAACACCAAAAGAUGCUAGAAUGCAUGGGUUGGCAGUGACGCCUGCCUUUGUUGAAUUUGACAUGAGUGCUGAGGGUUUUGGGUGUUUAUAUCUUCCCAGUAUUGCCCCCCAGGGCCCUCCUACCCCCUCAGUGGUGUCGGGAGUGGUUGGUGGGUCAGACCCCAUAGUGAUAGGGGGCGUUGGAACAGGGGAGAGGGUGUUCCCUCCUCAGUCAGGCAUGACCUUCUCCUCAUGGUUCUGUGUGGACAAAUUCUCAAGUACAAGUGACCCUCACCCGGUACGGCUGCUGACCGUUGUAAGGAAUCUCCAGGGGAGGGAGGAGAAUCUCAUUUGUCUCAGUGUCAUGCUAACUUCUAAGGAGCGUUCUCUCAUCGUAUCAACACAGGAAUCUACAUUGCCAAACACAGUGACUGGUGUGGAGAAUGAGCCGGAGCCGGUCUUAAAUGACAACACAGUGAGGUUUUGGUACCCAGAGUUGACACAGGAAGGACAGUGGCACCACCUAGUGUUGAUAUUCCACAGAGCUGGGAUCAUGAAAAACAGCAGCGUCAGUCUGUUUGUAGAUGGGGACCAUGUCAGCACACAAAAACUGCACUACAUCUCUCCAAAUCUGGGAGGGGGCGGUACUGCCAGCCCCACUGCCUUCACCUCCGUGUUCACCUACAUCGGCAGCCCACCCCAACUACGCAAGAACUCUUGUCUGACCUGGAGACAGGGGCCUUGUCACCUACUGGAAGACAUUGUCACUCAUGCUGUGGUCGCCAACAUUUACAACCUUGGGCCUACUUACCUCGGCAGCUUCCAGUCACCUGUCCUCGAGGAUAGUGAAACAGUCAAUGCCCUAAUCGCAGAGGAGAAGGUUGUGUUUGGCGUCCAUGCACAUGCCGUUCUCCAGAUGACCAUUGCCAAAAUCAGAAAAGUUUACAACAAGGUGGACAGCAAAUCCAUCGCCAAACAGCUGGCUAUGUCAACCCACGAUAAUGCCACACCCAUCCGACUUCUCCAUAACUCAGCUGCUCACCUUAGUGGCCUAGCCCGCAGUCUGGGUGCCAUCCUCAUUGGGUAUCUAGGGGUAAGAACCUUCUGCCCAAGACCUGUGGCCAAGAUGCUGGAGAAUGUUGGAGGUGCUUCAGCUCUACUGGGGCUACUGGCCAUGGCAACUGAUGUGGAGGGCCUGUACGCAGCAGUGAAAGCCCUCGUCUGUGUUGUCAAGAGCAACAAGACUGUUCUCAAGGACAUGGAAAGGAUACAGGGUUAUCAGACCCUGGCCAUGCUGUACAAGAAGAAGCAGCAUCUCCUGAAUAGUCACAUUCUACACCUGACCUUCUCCCUUAUUGGUACAGUGGACAGUGGCAAGGAGAGUUCUGUCAUACCUAACAAGAAGGCGUUCGAGGACCUGCUGUGUGAUCUGGAGGUGUGGCAUGAAGCUCCGUACGAUCUUCAGCGUUCACUGUACGAACAUUUCUACGAGCUGUUAACAGAAUCAAGGUGGGCGGUUCACAGUGACCAGGUGACCAACUUCCAGCUGAUGAGAGAUAUUGGUCUGACCUCAAGGUUACUGCACAUCCUCAAGGACACCAAGCUGUCAGAGGCUACCAUUGUCACCAUCACAAAUGUUGUGUAUGUCCUGCUACAGGGUCCUCCCGACCAACACAGCCUACUCAGACUUGGUCAGUUCAUUGUGUCCACACUACCUCAGAUGUCCUCUACAGAGAAAAACAUUGUCCUCAAUGGGGUCAACCAGACAAAGGGUGCACCUGCCUCACAGGGAGACACCUCUACAGGGGGAGAUGUAGAGAAGACGACGGUGUACCUGAUUAAGAUGAGGAACACUUGUCUGGAGGUUAUCCUGCGACUGCUACAGGACAGCAGCACAGCUCCUGUCAAUACACAGAUGUGUGAAGAAAUACAGAAAGUGCUUGGAUUUGAUUGGCUGCUGCUGUUUGUACAAGGCCAUGUCCACCCGUCGACAGUCAUCAUGGCUCUUCGUAUCCUACUGGUGAUGUUACAGAAUCCUUUAGCAGUGCAAAGGUUUAGGGAAGGCAAUCCAGGCGGGGGCUGGCUAAGGAACACCGAGCCCGUUCUCAAGCAACAUGUUGGAGUCAUGCUAGGGUUAAAUAUUGGCACCAACAGUAAGGGUGGUCAGAAGAGAGAGCUGAAUAAAGAGAUCUGUCGUGUACCAGGCUUUAAUGCCUUACAAUGGCUGCUUCCCAAACACAGUCACGUACCCGAAGUCUACUUCCUGUUGAUGGCACUGUUACUAGGGCAACAGGUCACCAAAUUACCCACUGACUGCCAGUUGAAUCUCGAUGCUGUAUGGACGGUGAUAUUUGGUGUGCCAGCUAGCAAGCCUGUGUCUAUAGUAGCUAAGGAGAAACACACAGAGCUGUGUCCUGAUGCCGCACUGGUCAUCAUGUCCAUGAUCAGGAACAUGCUAAACCUGGAUGUGGAGAUGGAGAAGGACAACUGGGUUCAAGAGUACCCUGUGACCUUGAUGCAGUUUCUGUUGUUUCUGUAUCACAACCAGCCGGAGUUCAUCACACUGUCCUCAUCACCAGAACUCAUCGGCAGUCUGGCAGCCACUCUCUUCCCCAACUUGAUCAUCGAGUCUGACGGAGGAAACGUCACCACACCGACAGAGGAGUUUAAACCUUUCCCUGACUCAGAGUCCUUUGUCAAUAUCAGCACGCCUGAAAAAUACAAACCUGGCUUUCUGACAGGACAUUCUGCCCGUAAGUUUGUGAUUGACUUCCUGCGGACCAUUUUGAUAGACAGUUUCUCCCAGCAGAUGUCGUCCAAGUCCACCGUCAUAAUGGACGUCAUACUUGAUGCAUCCCCUGAGAAUGCGUCGCGGGCACAGAGGAAGGAGUACCAGACAGAAAUCAUGAAGACAGUGAUGGAACACUUGGUGGCGGCUGAUGUGUUACUGGGAGACCAGGCAGCCUUGCCUAUUGGUAGUGGUGGUAGCUACACCAACAUGGCGAGCAAUGUCUUCUACUUUGCCAGUCGACUUGUCGACAAACUGUGGCAGAAUGUAUUCACACGGGAAUCAAAGGAAGUAUUUGAAUUCAUCAGUAAGCUGAUCCAGCAGGCCAAACGCAAAGCAUCAGGAAUCUCACUUGAUCUGAUAUACCGGUCACUGAACCGGACCGUGCUGUUCCAACUGUCCCGGCCUGUACAGUCAAUGGCCGUACAGACCAUAGUCCUGGACGCUCUCCACAAACUGACCAGUAACCGUGGCCUGGUAUUCGGGCCAGCCAACUAUGACCAGGAGUUCCUCGUGUGUCUGUGUUACUGUCUACUCCAGCUCACAGAGGACCCCAGCCAGAGUGCUUCCAACCUACACGGGGGUAAGGCUAUGCGUACAACGUGGCACGUUAACAUGGAGGAAGGCGAAGAAUUGACAGAGGAGGUGGCAGACCUUGCCUGCAUGGAGCUCAGUUCCAGUGUCAUAGAAGGGCACCACCUGGUGGCCAAUGCAGCCAAACGUGUCUGGGAGGAGUUGUAUGCCUGUAAAAAACCGGUGCUUGAAGAAGUGUUUAAAACUCAGCUGAACAACAUGGACCCAUCUAGCGCAAAGAUAACAUCUCCAGAUCUCAACUCUGUUAGGGGUUUGAUACAGGAGAGUGCCUCCAAGGUGUGGAUAGGGUAUGCUGACUCGGAGAGAAAGGGCAACGUUUCCUAUACAGAGAGACUUCCAGCUCAAAUACAAUCAAAACUACAGAAGGUUGGCAGUGGUAUGCUAAGAUUUGCAACAAGAACCAAGAAGAAAGAGCUGCCUCUCAAGUCCUCCCCCUCAUCUAAUGUUCACAUGACUGACUAUAUUUCUUGGACACUCACACACAUGGCUAUAGUCAAAGACUUGUCUGAGCUUCAGUUUCAGCAGUAUAUACAUGGUCAAGAACAUAUGGCAAAAUACCUUGCUGAGGAGUGGAGCCAGACAGAGGGAGAACUGCUACGAGAGAAGGGCUUGUGGGGGCCACACCUGGGAGGUCGACUGGACAAGUGGCAGUCGGAUAUGACUGAAGGUCCAUGUCGUAUGAGGAAGAAAAUGGUGAAGAAUGAUAUCUUCUUUCAACACUACCCCUACAGACCUGACAUGGAAGACAGUCCCCUGAAGUACAAGGUAGCUAUGAGCUUUGAUAGCAAGGAAUACUAUGAGCGGUACCGGCCACAGACCUUGGUAGAGCAUGGCAAGGAGAUACUUCCCAUCCAGAUGGGUGUUGAUAGUGGACUGACGGGGAAUUCAGGAGGCGGACAGGAUUACGACAGCUCUCCAGUGGAUAUGCUGAGCAUGCCCAAGCUACUGCCACGUUCAAGUGGCCCGAAAACAUCUGAGCCUGAUGAUGACCUUGACGAGUCAACAACGGAGGGCGACAUGGACAAACCAGACAGUCAGGAGAAUGCUGGUGAGACUGUAACAGAGGUGCACACUGGGGGAAAAUCAGACAACAACCAGACCAUCCUCAGGAUCCUCGGUGAAGGCGAGAAGAUAACCAACAUCUUCCGAUGUGCACGAAUACUGGGCUUAGAUACAGCAGAAGGCCUGCUGCUGUUUGGCCGGGAACACUUCUACGUUAUAGACGGUUUUACUAUGCUGAGGACACGCGAGAUUCGUGACAUCGACAGUCUACCUCCAGAUCUUCAUGAUCCAAUCAUCCCAAAAAGCACAAAAGGCACAGGUACACAGAUACGAAUAUGUAGCAAGUUUGCCCAUGAAGAUAUACGAGAGGUCCACAAGCGGAGGUAUUUAUUACAGCCCAUAGCAGUGGAAUUCUUCUCAGCGGACGGAAGAAACUACUUAUUAGCAUUCCCACGGAAACUCAGGAACAAAGUUUAUGCAAAGUUCAUGGCAGUGGCAACCUCAAUGACAGACAAUGCCCAGCAGUCUGUGUCUGGGCAGAAACACAGUGCCAAGGUGGAAGCAGGAUCUGGAUUAAUCAGCAACUUGAUUGGUGAGAAAUCUGUCACACAAAGAUGGGAAAGAGGUGAGAUUAACAACUUUCAGUAUCUGAUGCAUCUUAAUACACUGGCCGGGCGAUCCUACAAUGACCUGAUGCAGUACCCCGUGUUUCCCUGGAUUGUGGCUGACUACGACUCAGAGGAACUGGACCUGUACAAGGCUGAGACAUUCCGCGAUCUGUCUAAACCCAUGGGGGCCCAGACACCUGACCGGCUGAAGCAAUUCAGGAAACGCUACCAGGAUUGGGAUGACCCUCAAGGAGAGACACCGCCCUACCAUUAUGGGACCCACUACUCGUCGGCCAUGAUCGUGGCCUCCUACCUCCUCAGGAUGGAACCUUUCACUCAACACUUCCUCAGUCUCCAGGGAGGACAUUUUGAUUUAGCUGACAGGAUGUUUCACAGCGUUAAAGAAAACUGGUUGUCAGCUUCCAAAAACAACAUGGCUGACGUAAAGGAGCUCAUCCCAGAAUUCUUCUAUCUGCCUGAAUUCUUAAAAAAUACAAAUAAUUUUGAUCUGGGUUGUAAACAGAGUGGUGUCCAGCUGCACGACGUCGUACUCCCUCCAUGGGCGCGCGAAGACUCGAGGGAGUUCAUCAGAGCCCACAGAGAGGCUCUGGAGAGUGACUAUGUGAGUGCCCACCUCCAUGAGUGGAUAGAUCUGAUCUUUGGCUACAAACAGCAGGGCCAGACUGCCGUAGAGGCUGUCAAUGUGUUCCACCAUCUCUUCUACGAGGGUAAUGUUGACAUCUACAGUAUUGACGACCCUCUCAAGAGAAAUGCCACCAUUGGAUUCAUCAACAACUUUGGCCAGAUUCCCAAACAGCUGUUUAAGAAGCUUCAUCCUCAAAAACGCCUGAAUAUCAAACUGUUGGAUCCUAUUCCCAUGGGAUCUAUACCUGCAGCAAUGGCGGAGAAAUUAUUUUUCCACAAUGUCGACAAUCUCCGACCCACAAAACAGACUAUUAAAGAGUUGAAGAGUGCUGUAGGCCAGAUCAUUCAACAUGAGAAAUAUGUACUGGCCGUGGAACAGAAUAAAGUCCUCAUCCCUCCCAUCUACAACCGAUACCUGGCCUGGGGAUUUGCAGAUCAAAGUGUACGGAUUGGAAACUAUGAGUCAGAAAAGGCCAUCAGUGUGUACGAGUCGCUAGACAAUGGAGAGAUUCUGUGUUCCACCUGCCCUAACGCCAAAAUCUUUAUCACAGGCGGUACCAGUUGUGUUGUAAAUGUAUGGGAGAACCGUCCCAAGGAGAAGAAGGUGGUGCUGAAACAGCCAUUGUUUGGUCACCUGGAGACAGUGACGUGUCUAGCCUCGUCUCAGGCUUACAACGUGAUUGUCAGCGGGUCACGUGACCGCUGCUGUAUCAUCUGGGACCUUAGUCGUCUCCUCUAUGUCAGACAGCUACGAGGACAUUCCGCACCUGUGGCCGCCGUCUGUAUCAACGAACUCACGGGAGACAUAGCAAGCUGUGCUGGCACUUAUCUUUACGUCUGGUCCAUCAACGGGGAGGAGAUUGCCUGUGUGAACACAGCUACUCUCCGCAGUCAACAGAUCCUUUGUCUCGCCAUGUCCCAGAUUAUUGAGUGGGACAGUCGUAACGUGAUUAUGACAGGAAGCAGCGAUGGAGUUGUUAGGAUGUGGUCUAUUGAGCAUGUACAAGUUCCAAUUGAGAACAAAAGUGAAAAGAAUAAGGACAAAUGUGAUGCUACACCUGUAGAGGAGCAGGCUGAAGCAAUGGGCAGUGAAGUGGUCGACAUUCCAAUGACAUUGAGAAAAGAAUCAUGUGCCAGUUACUGUGAUGCUAGAGCUGUAGCGGACAGACUUCGGGAAUUCAAGGACCCGGAUUUGACAGCUCGUGAAAUAGAAAUGGGGUCAUCGGCAGAGAGUGAGAGUCACAUUCCGUCACACUUGCGUGACUCGCGUUGUGAUUUAGAGCGUGACGGCAGUGUUAUAAGCACGACAAGUAGCAUCAGUGAUAUGUGUCGUGCGGACGAUGUGGGGAGUACAGACGGGGCAGAGAUAGACCCUGCCCUCAAUGCACUGGACAUCAUGUACCAAUCAAACAUUAGUGAUACUCAGAUACCUAGUCAGUCUGAACCUUGUCUUUCGGCACUUACAGUUGAUGGAAUCAACUGCAGCCAGAGUCACCCUGACCUAAAGAUAGGCGACGAGAAAGAGGAGACAACUCUGUCGAAGUCUGCAUCGUCAGAGUUCGAGGUCAUAACAGACAAUGAAGUCAAAAACUCACCCAAAACUAUGGAAGAUCUGCUGAAAAGGAAACCUAGAAAACGCAAUGCACUGCGUGAAGGUUUCCGAUGGCAAAGGCAGCUUGUUUUCAGAAGCAAACUUACAAUGCACACGGCUUAUGAACGGAAGGACAAUAAGGACCCAGCAGCUGUUACAGCUAUCGCAGUGUCAAAAGACCAUAAGACAGUGUAUGUUGGUGAUGCCAAGGGCCGGAUAUUCAGCUGGACGGUGACUGACCAGCCCGGCAAGGUAGUAGCUGACCAUUGGAUGAAGGAUGAUGGGGCGGAGACCUGUCCAACGUGUAACGUCCGCUUCUCCUUCGCAGAACGCAGACACCACUGUCGCAAUUGUGGACAGGUCUUCUGCUCCAGAUGUAGUAAGUACGAGACUGAGAUUCGUCGACUUCGGAUCCUCAGACCAGUCCGAGUGUGCCAGGCAUGUUACAACAUCAUCAAGGCCCAGCAGGCUGCAGCUGAUAACAUUACCAACAGCAAGUCGUAAUCCAUGCCUUCAAGCCAUCAGGCCACACCGGCAAUUCAUAGGACUUUGUCUACAAUUUGUAUGACCAUAUUAGUCUUCUGCCAUCUCUACAAAUUUUAAGAUUACACCUACAACUCAUAUGGCGAUUUGUCAGUGAUAUGGCCACGUUUGCAAGUUCAUGCAAGUUUUUGAAGCCAAGCCUCCUAGUCUUCGGUUACACCUACUAUUCAAAUGACAGUGUCCAGCAGUAAUUUGGCCACCUGUGCAGGUCCGUGUAAAUCUUCAGCCAUAUCUGCAAGUCUUAGGUUACACCAAUGCUGCAAGUCUAAGGUUACAUAAACAGUUCAUACGACAGUGUCCAGCAGACAAGUCAAUUCAAGUCUUAGACCAUGACUGCAAGUCUUGGGUUACACCUGUGGCCAUAUCAAGCAGUUUCAAUCCACACCUACAAUCUGUAAUUCCUAGGCCAAGCUAAAAAUAAGUCUAAGGCCAUGUCCUUAUAUCAUAAGGCCAUGCCGACUAUGCCCAUACAGUUUGUGUUUACUGGAGACUCCGCUUCACAAACCUUGUGUUGGAAACCCUUGCUCUGCAAAUACAGACAGUUGAGUUAUGAUCAGAGCUUUUCACCAGCCUUUUGAGAGGAGAAACCAUGUAAAGAAGAGGAAAUUUAUUCAUUGAUUACCAACCAUUCAAGGGUCAUCUCCAUGGUGUCAUCUCCAUGGGUCAAUUCCAUGGAAACACAGCUAUACCAUACACAUACUCUUAAUGUGAGGAUUAUGAAAUGUUGAGGAGAAAGGAAUUUUCAUAGGCAUGGUGAAAAAGUUGCCAAAAUUAGUCCAUACAUCAUUAACUUGGCUAAAUACCAACCAUAGUAGAUCAAGUAUAGGCUAUAUGUAAUACAUAAACAUGUUUCCGAGUAUGAAAUUUCUGUCAUGAUGGAUAAAUUAGUACUUUUGUAUACAUGUCUUUAAAAUAUAAAUAUGAGAUUAAAAAAUUAUCCAUGCAUACCAUUAAUGACAGGGAAAUUACCAUUAUGGAUUAAAAAAAAACACAUUGUAGAAUAUUUUAUGUCAUUUCAUUGAACUAGUUAGUGUUACAUUGUUCAGUAAGUCAUUCCUCUGCAGGGUAUUUGUGAAUGUGCAAUACACCAUUUGUCUGUGCUGGAUUAUGUGGGACUUAUGUAUACUCCACAUUCCCCAGGUUAGCAAUCUGGGCCAAUCAUCGUUACGUUUGACAUAGGUGGUUAUUCAGUACCAAAGUUUAACCAUGCUUAGAUAGUUUAUUUAGCAAAAGAUUCGUUGCUAUUGUAUUGAACAUUUUAAAAAUAUUUUCAUUUUUUUUUUUUUUUUUCAAAAUCUUUGUAUUGCUGAUAACAUUAAUGUUAAGGAUGAUACAUAAGUUAUCUUUGAGUGAAAGAUAGGAAUAAAGUCUUAAGCCCAAGAUUUUGGCAGUAUCCUGUCACCAGUGCACAAUAGCAAAACAGCUUUCAUUUUAAGUCUGCUUGAUGUGCUGUUGAAUGUUUGGGGAUUUUGUCGGGUUUGAUGCUUCAUUUAUGAAUUGUGUUCAAAGGAAUUAGGAAAAGUUUCAAUUUGACCAAAAUUAAGGUAGGUGGUUGAUCCUUUCACCCCUACAUAACUUAAGUAGACUCUACCAUGUAUUGAUCUGGACGAGUCCAUUAUGGUCUACAGUGGUGAAAGGGUUAAAGUAUC